AAAAAGGAAAGGAAAGAAAAAGGAAAAAAAAAAAGCAAUGGGAGGUGAGAUAGCAGCAGGGACAAUGACGAGAAAGAAGAAGAAGAAGGGAAGACCCUCUCUCUUAGAACUCCAAAAACGCUCUCUCAAACAACAGCAGCAGCAGCAACAGCAAUCGCUUCAACAAGAAAACCCUAAUCUCAUAAACCCUAAUUCUUCUUUCAAUUCGAACCGCCGAUCCACUCGCCGGAUCCCCAAUCUCGAAGGAGGCUCCCCAGUGCCCGACUGGGUUGCCGGAGGAGACGAUGACGAUGACGAGCGCCAACAAAAGAAGCAUAAGCUAUUGCUUGGCCUCAAUUCUUCUCGUAAUCAUCAGCAUUAUCUGAUUCCUUCCGCGCCCAAUUCGGCCUCCUACGGAUCCGAUUCGAACGCGGAUGGCGAAGAUCUCGAGGCGUCCCUCAAGCGUCGCAAAAUUGCCACCCUCAGGCCUGGAUCUGAUCAAAUGGGAGAAAAGGUGUUGAAAGCGACGGACACUCUUCCUGGUUCACCCGUGGAGUCUGGCCCCACGACACCUUUGCCAGACAAAAAGUUGUUAGUGUUCAUUCUUGACAGGCUUCAAAAGAAGGACACUUAUGGGGUUUUCUCCGAGCCAGUGGAUCCCGAAGAGCUUCCUGAUUACCAUGACAUUAUUGCAUACCCGAUGGACUUUUUGACAGUCAGGAAAAAACUUGAUGGGGGAGCUUAUACAACCUUGGAACAAUUUGAGAAAGAUGUUUUUCUGAUUUGCUCGAAUGCAAUGCAGUAUAAUGCACCAGAUACAAUUUACUUUCGGCAGGCACGAUCAAUGCAAGAGCUGGCUAAAAAGGACUUUGAGAAUUUGAGGCAAGAUAGUGAUGAAGGUGAACCACAACCGAAAGUUGUAAGGAGAGGAAGGCCACCUGGAAAGAGUCUCAAAAAGGCAUUGGAGUCGUUGUCUUUUGACUGCGUUGGUUCUGAGUUUUCCUCAGAUGCAACUCUAGCUACCGGACCUGAUGCUUCCGGACUUUCAAACACUUACAAUUUGAGGAAAGGUCCUAAUUCACACAAGCUCCGGCCUGCUGAUACAUUAAUCAGGUCCUGCUGGGGUUCCCAUAGCAAUGAAAAUUAUGUCAGUUGGUCAUCUGAAUGGGAGAAUGAAUUUCCAGCUUCUGUUGUGAAGGCUGUGAUGAAGUAUGGGAAGAAACAUUUUGCAGUAGAUGAGAACAAGCGUGACACCUACAACCACUCAUUAGCUUCUGUUCAUGAGCAGCCUAUAUCUUCCACCUUGGAUGGAGGAUUAAAGCAGCUAAUUCCGGUUGGUUUGAGUACGGAAAAUGGUUAUGCUGCAAGCUUGGCACGUUUUGCUGCAGAUCUUGGACCUGUUGCCUGGAAAUUUGCUUCAAGGAAAAUUGGAAGUGUUUUACCUAGUGGGCUGAAGUUUGGUCCUGGAUGGGUUGGAGAAAACAGGAUGAUUGAGCAGCAGCAAUUUUCAUUUUCUGAAAAGCAGAAAUCUUCAAGUUCUCUAUCUGAUAACCAUUCUAGUAGACUUUUGUCUCCAGCAACUUCUGGUUCAAACUCUGUUGCUGCAAGUAGAUUUCCUUUGCAAGGUAGAGAAGACACAGAAACUGUCAGAGGACUAAGUUCUCAAAAUGACUUGACUUCUGCACCUUCUCAUCAGUUUCAACAAAGACCUUUACUGCACUCGGGCAUCAAUGGUUCUAUUGGUGGGUUUGGGAUUGGUUAUUCCCCUCAAACAGGAUUGGUAACGCAGCCUGUAAAUUCCUUGUUUGAAAAGACUUCUGUGCCUUCUCAAACACAAGGCAUGGUUUCAGGUAGCAGCUCUACCAUGUGCCCAAUGUCUGCAAGUGAUUUUCUUCCAAAAGAAACCAAGUUUGCAGAUAGUUCAAUUGCUUUACAUUCUGGAAAUGCAAUGUCUAUAGGCCCUGACCCGGGGUCGCACGUGGCAACUAAUGUUGGGCUUCAGCGGAAAUCCUAUAACAUAAAAGAUUUCCCUCCAUUUCCCCCUGAUCUUAACGUGAGUUCCCUGGCACCAGGUUCACCUAGUUCUAGUGUGCCAAUUGGUUCACCCCAGUACCCAGAUUUAGCAUUGCAACUCUGAAAUUAGCAGAGCAUUAUUUCCAUAUGAUCUGACAUAAGUUAAUUGCACCUGUAUAUGGCUGAAAAGAUUGAGCCGAAUUGACCACAUUCUUCAUUGAGUAGCAGUUCCUCAAGAAGUCAUAAGAUCCGAUUUUAGGAAUGAUUUGUACAGAUUGAUAUAUCAAAAUUUUUCAUAAGGAUAAAAAUCACAGAUUUAUUCGUCGCAUCCGAGUUGUUGUUUAGAUAUUUUGGGUUAUUCAGUCUAAAACAAGAAGAUGAAAAUAGAAAACAGCAGGCCGUUAAUUACUCAAUAAUUAAUUGUAGCUUUACAUUUGGUAAGGAUGAGAAUGCGAAACCGUAGGUUUAAAGGUUAUUGUUAAUGUUGUAAAUAAAAGAAGGCAUUGUGGUCAUUCUUCUUAGAUUGUAAUUAAUAACAAUGUGAUAUGACUUUUAUUAUUAUUAUUAUUAUAUAGCAGUACUUAGUUUGCCUUGUAGAAAAGCCACGAUGAGAGGUCUACGUAGGC